AUUCCAAAAAGUAACCGCCGAUCUGAACGGAUUCUCGACUCCUGCCGUCCAUGCUUAUCUGCUUUAUAAUUGCUCAUUAAUUUAUUCCUCCUUUCCCGGGAUACCUAUUCAGGCUUUUAUCCAAAUUGCUGUCAAUUUCAGUUCAGAGCUGCUAUUGAUUGCGUUGGAUUUCAUACAAUUUUUUGUAAUUAUAUGGCUGCGAGUGCGAAUCCUUCAGCUCCUGCGAAUAGUAACGGCGCUAAUUCCGGUAAUAGUAAGCGCGUCACAUCAGAUAAGGCCAACGGCGGCGGGGCGUCGGCCAAGGAGAAUUCGGCGGUAAAGCCGAACCAGAGAGGGCUCCGCCACAAUCCUGGUUUAUCCCUUGAUUGGACCACAGAGGAACAGUCUAAGCUCGAAGAUUUGUUGGCAAAAUAUGCCUCAGAAACAACUGUUGUCCGGUAUGCAAUAAUUGCUAAAGCACUACAAGAUAAGACAGUUCGGGAUGUUGCAUUACGUUGCAGAUGGAUGAGUAAAAAGGAGAAUGGCAAGAGAAGGAAAGAUGAUAAUGGUUCAUCAAGGAAAAACAAAGACAAAAAGGAUAAAGUUUCAGAUACAUUGCCGAAAUCAUCUCAAGUAGCAAACCGCACCAAUGGCCCUGCCUAUGCUCAGUCAGUGAUGUCAGUUGACAGUGAUGAUGGAAUCCCAUUUAAUGCUAUCGGUGGUGCUGCUGGACAACUUCUUGAGCAUAAUGCUCAGGCCCUGGAUCAAAUUUCUACCAACUUUUCUGCUUGCAAGAUUAAUGAGAACAUCAAUCUCUUUUGCCAAGCUCGAGCUAAUAUCCUGUCAAUCCUAAAUGACUUGGAUGACAUGCCAGAAUCAAUGAAGCAGAUGCCGCCACUUCCAGUCAAGCUAAACGAAGAGCUAGCCAACUCCAUUCUCCCUCGAACACCCCUUCCUAAGAAAUCUUGAUUGUCUUGUGCCAUCUAAAUAUAGCGACUGUGAAAUGCUGCUAACAAACAGGGGGGCAUGACUCUAUCUGGUUUGCAGCCAGUCAGCUCAGUUUAAAUGGAAAAUUUGUCGAAGAUUCAGCUACUCGGAGCUUGGCUGGCCUCUCAUGAUCACCAGUUCCUUGUGGUGGUGUUUUUUUUUGGUUGAAAUUUCUGUUUUUUUGCUUCAGUUUCUUUAUCUAUCAUCUUAGUGUUGUAAAUAAUUCUGGGCAAGAAAGUUAUAUCAAUUUUAUAUCUUUGCUAGUCUA